AUGAGCUGUUUGGAUGUUAUGUACCCAGCCUAUGGACAUUACGCACCGUACGCACCGACCGCUCCUGCUUUUAUCAAUAGCUUACAGGCACCCAUCGGUCUGAGCAGCGCUUCUACUCACUGCCGGGACUUUAUGGACACUCCCAGGGGUCCCGAGGGGGUGUCUGGGGGCCCAGGCACUGGAGGAUCGACCUCCUCCUCCUCUUCAUCUUCCUCUUCCUCUUCCUCCUACACGCCGGCAGCUUCACGGCCAGAGGAGGGCCCCAAGGAGAAGCAGGAGGCCCCUGAGGCAGAGUAUCUGACGUCGCGCUGUGUCCUCUUCACCUACUACCAGGGAGACAUCAGCAGUGUAGUGGACGAGCACUUCUCCAGGGCCCUCAGCUCCUACAUGGACGGGGACGGCAAACGGCGGGCGCCAGACCAACAGGGCACAGACACCCCUUCACCAAGCAGUCGGAGAAGCUUCCCCCCUUCCUUCUGGGACAGUAACUACUCCUCGCCUCAGAGCCGCUCCCACUGUGAGACAGGAGCGCCCUCCUAUUCCAUGGACCCAUAUUCAUCAGGGCUUCACCCUGGCCUGCCACACCCACACCCACAUCCUCACCCACACGCUCACCCUCACUCUCACCCACACCCACCAGAGAGCUGGGGGUACCCGCAGGCUCAAGCCUACGGGCCGCCAAGGCCACUCCAUGAACUGUACUCCCCCUCAGCUUUAGAGCCUCACUACGGGCCCCUGCUCAUGCCCACAGUGCGGCCCCCUCACCUGCCCGCCCUGCCAGGCCACUACGAGGUGAGCAAGCUGGAGCCCAGCCCUUCCUGGCCCAGCCUCUUGCCCCCGGGAGACGUCAGCCAGACCCUGGCACUCAACAUGGACGCAGGCCUCCAGCACCACAAGAAAGGCAAGGAGCUGUACUGGUUCUAA